AUCUCCAUGGAGUUCAGGAACCUGUCAAAGGUCUACCAGGACGUGAUUUCGGAUAUUUGCCACAAGAUGGGUGUUGGGAUGGCAGAGUUCUUGGAGAAGAAGGUGGACUCUCAGCACGAGUGGGAUAAGUAUUGUCACUACGUUGCUGGGCUGGUGGGGAUAGGACUUUCCCGUCUCUUCUCUGCAUCAGAGCUAGAAGAUCCUAUCGUCGGGCAGGACACGGAGCUAGCCAACUCCAUGGGCCUCUUCCUGCAGAAAACCAACAUCAUCCGUGACUAUCUGGAGGACCAGCUGGAGGGAAGGGAGUUCUGGCCCAGAGAGGUUUGGAGCAGAUACGCAAAGAAGCUCUCGGAUCUUGCCAAACCAGAAAACAUCGAUAUGGCUGUCCAGUGUCUGAAUGAGCUCAUCACCAACGCUCUCCACCAUGUCCCUGAUGUCCUCACAUACUUAUCCCGCCUGAAAAACCAAAGUGUCUUCAACUUCUGUGCUAUCCCCCAGGUGAUGGCUAUUGCCACGUUGGCUGCCUGCUACAACAACAAGCAGGUGUUCAGGGGAGUCGUGAAGAUCCGGAAGGGACAGGCCGUCACUCUAAUGAUGGAUGCCACAAACAUACAAGCUGUCAAAGCCAUCAUGUACCAGUAUGUGGAAGAGAUCUACCAGAAGAUCCCAAGCACGGACCCGUCAUCCAACAAGACGCAGCAGGUCAUCGCCUCCAUCCGCGCCAUGAGCUUGCCCGGCGGCCCCAUGGCAUCACGCCACCACUACUCCCCCAUCUACCUGUCGUGCGCCAUGCUCCUGGCCGCCCUGAGCUGGCAGUACCUGAGCACCAUCUCCAAGGCCACCGAGGAGUACGUCCAGGCGGGCGAGAACUGAUGGGCAGCGGGCGGGUGGGGGGAGAGAUUGGUUGGCAGAGGAGGCAGGAGGCUCCUCGUCCCCUGCCGGUGGGGAUGGCCAGGCAGCAGGGUGCCACGGGGCCUGGGAUGGUGACGAGGACGGGACGUCAGUGAGCUGCAGCCCCGGGGCGAUGGUGCAGCAUUGCCCGACUCCGCUCCUCACC